CAGUUAAAAGGUAAUGUCGUAAAACAUACGACGACCGUGGAUACUCUAAAAACGGGGAUAUUUAUUAAAAAUAGAUGACAGUUCCGUAUCUGACUCAGCUUUAAGAUAUAUAUUGUGCUGAAAAGCAGUCCUAAGCCCGUUAGGGCGAGUCGACCGUUUCGGGUUGUACAUUUUUAUUUGUGCCAAUUUUUGACAUUAAAAACAAACCAACUAACAGUUAGUGUCUUUGACGGCAGUAAAUCUUUUUGUACAGCAUAACUUAAAGCUUGAAAAACCCAGAUUUAGGACCACUUUCUGCCAGCACCAGUUUUCUCGUCGUGUUAUACAAGUGUGGAAUGACUUGCCUCAACAUGUGAUAGAUGCUGAAGAUGUAGAAUCAUUUAAAGUAAGGUUGGACCGCCACUGGCAAGGAGACAUGCUGUACCAGUUUUGAGACCUGUAUCAAAGUUGUCUAUGGACAGCUGUAAUUUAAUCAUAUAUACUCAUAACUGUUACCAACAACCUUUACACGAUAAGAUUUUAUGAGCUCCGAAGAUAGAUCGUGACGAAACAAGUUUAGACGAAGAGGGGUUUAAAAAGGGCACAAGUCCUUAUACAGAACCCAAAAUCAUCCUACAGGUAUCCUACAGGUACAGUUGAUAUGUUGAAAAAUGCCACAAGACCGACGUGUUUCCACACACAGUCCGAAAGCAAUGAUCUGAUAAUACCUAGGAGUGGUCACCGUGUGCUUGUGGACAGUCAGUUCUUGUACAGCUGGGGAGGGUUCAAUUCUGACCUCUGGGACGUGGAAAAUGAUGAACACACGCGUUUUCCCCUCCUCAAAGAGAUGCUGCAGUACGAGAUGGUAACAGACACCUGGAGGAAACUAGAGAUGGAGGGGGAGUUUCCCACAGGCCUCGCCUCACAUGUUGUGUUUAAACUUCAUAGACAUAUUCUGCACACAGGGGGGUCAGGUGUGCCUUUUGGUGGCUCUAACUCUAACGCCAUCUAUGAUUUUAACCUGGAUACCCUCCAGUGGAAGUGUAUUGUUCAAGAGCAAGAUCUCAGUGAAGAGAAAGAGGCUGCAGCACCAAAAUACGGACAGGCAUUGGCUCAAAUAGAUAACUACAUGUAUAUUGUUGGUGGAACAAGUGGUUUUACCUAUGACAUGGACAUUAACAGACUCAACCUCACUGAUCUCACGUGGGAACAUCUCGAACCAAGGUCCAAAUAUGUGCCAAGUGAAAGAUACCGACAUGAAGUAGUUCACUAUGAGGGCAACCUUUAUCUGUUUGGCGGGGGGACAGCAGGCAUAGAGUACCAACUGAAAGAAAUUGAUGUAUUCCACAUUGAGAUGAGGGUUUGGGAGAAAGCCCCAACAGUGCCAUACCAAGACAUUGAUGGAGGAAAAUCACUGUAUCCAGCUGGGAGGAAAUGUCACAGCUGCCACCUGCUCGCUGACAGUGUAUAUGUGAUAGGAGGACUAGGGGGUGGCAGAAUCCAGCAGAAGAUCUGGAGGUUACACCUUCCAAGCCUCCAGUGGACCAAACUAGACUUCUCCCUGCCCAAACCAGUCUACUUCCACUCCAGUGCCCUCACUCAGGAUGGCUGUUUAUUUGUGUUUGGUGGUGUGACUAAGAUAGACACAGAGCGUACUAAUGACCUACAGUGUGUGUGGCUGGCUAUCCCAAGUCUGCGGACAAUGAGUUGGAGCGUAGUCUGGUCUUGUCUGGAUAAAACGAGGCUGGCCGAGACCCGGAGUAGGCUUCUGCAGCUGGGUGUGCCUGCUGACCUCCUCCAGUCUAGAUAGCACAGCCCUGUGCAGUUUCAAUACAGUAAACACUGCCAGAAAUGAAGAGAUUAGCCUUGAUGUUACCUGGUUACAAGGAUCAUAUCAGCACACUAUGAUACAAGCAACCAUUCACAAAAUAUGAAGAAAAUAAUAAGAAGCUGAUACAAAAAGAGCUUAAGUUUGUACUUGAAGAGUUCUUUACUCACAGAUCCAAAGAGGGUGGUGGGUUUAAGGUGGACAAAAUGUCAGGAGAUUUGCAAGCAUAAUAAUUAACCGGACAAGAACAUCACCUUCAUAUUUUUUUAUAAGCAUUGUUACAAAAAAAAUCAAGUGCAAUCCCAAAUUGAAAAACUACAACUAAUUUUUAAAUAAUAUUUCAAUGGGUUGUCACAGGUGAACCAAAGAAGCAGUUCGUUUAUUUUCUCUCACAAUUAUUAUUUUUGUUCUGGAGUUUAUUUUUAAUUUCGAUAAGAUUCUAGGAAUUAUUCUUAAAGAAAUAAUUUAUCAAAUGAUCAGAAAAUGUUUUGUCCUGGGAUAGUUUAGAUAAUUUUAGAAUUAUGUAUACCGUACACACUUAAUUGAUUGUUGGUAUUUGAUAUUAGAAUGUGGUAUAUUUUCAUAUUUGAUAUGUCAAAUAUUUUUGUUGUUAGAUUAUUUUGCAAUUGUGCCAGUAGUAAAUAUUGUAUAAUACUCCCUGAGUGUUGUACUCACUAUUCAGCGGGAUUUUGAGUCAUUUGUACAGGUCAGUAAUCCUAGAAUGGCUCAUGUGUGUUACUGAAGGUCCAAUGUACAAUUUAUGUCACCUGUGUGGAUGGCAACCAUACAGGGAUCAUGUUGUCUGCCAUUGUUGUUGUCUGCGUCUGUGCCCUCACACUUUUGUUUCUGCUCACUAACUGUUUAGCUUACCAGUGCUCAAGGUGAGCUAUUGUGAUUGGUCUUUGUCCGGCGUCCGUCCAACAGUCUGUCCGUCCUUCAAGAAUUGCUUAAAAAACAUCUCUGAAACUACCUGGCCAAAUUCAAUGAAACUUUACAGGAAGCUUCCUUGAGUGACCCUCUACAAAAAUACAACAAGUGGUCACGAUUGAUCGACAACAACUAAAUGGGCGACUUCCUGUUUUGCUUUAAAAAAUAUCUUCUCUGAAACUACCAGUCCAAAUUGAAUGAAACUUUACAGGAAGCUUCCUUAGUGACCCUCUACAAAAAUACAACAAGGGGUCACGAUUGAUCAACACCAACAGCAACAACAACAAAAUGGCUGACUUCCUGUUUUGCUUUAAAAAAAAUCUACUCUUAAACUACCAAUCUAAAUUCAAUGAAACUUUACAGGAAGCUUCCUGGGGUGACCCUCUUCAAAAAUACAACAAGGGGUCAUGAUUGAUCAGCAACAACAAAAUGGCUGACUUUCUGUUUUACUUUAAAAAAACCCAUCUCUUCUGAAACUACCAAUCCAGAUUCAAUGAAACUUUACAGGAAGCUUCCUUGGGUGACCCUCUACAAAAAUACAACAAGGGGUCAUGAUUGAUCAACACCAAAAGCAACAACAACAAAAUGGCUGACUUCCUGUUUUGCUUUAAAAAACACAUCUCCGUUGAAACUACCACUCAAAAUUCAAUGAAACUUUACAGGAAGCUUCCUGGGGUGACCCUCUUCAAAAAUACAACAAGGGGUCAUGAUUGAUCAACAACAACAGCAACAACAACAAAAUGGCUGACUUCCUGUUUUGCUUUAAAAAAAAACAUCUCCUCUAAAACUACCAGUCCAAAUUCAAUGAAACUUUACAGGAAGCUUCUUGGGGUGACCCUCUUUAAAAAUACAACAAGGGGUCAUGAUUGAUCUGCAACAACAACAACAGCAGCAACAACAAAAUGGCUGACUUUCUGUUUCGCUUUAAAAAACCCAUCUCCUCUGAAACUACCAAUCCAAAUUCAAUGAAACUUUACAGGAAGCUUUCUUGGGUGACCCUCUACAAAGAAACAACAAGGGGUCACGAUUGAUUAACAACAACAACAACAGCAACAACAACAAAAUGGCUGACUUCCUGUUUUGCUUUAAAAAAACAUCUCCUCUAAAACUACCAGUCCAAAUUCAAUUAAACUUUACAGAAAGCUUCCUUGGGUGACCCUCUACAAAAAUACAACAAGGGGUCAUGAUUGAUCAACAACAACAACAGCAAAAUGGCCGAGCUCCUGUUUUGCUUUAAGAAACAUUUCCUCUGAAACUACCAGGCCAAAUUCACUGAAACUUUACAGGAAGCUUCAUUGCAUGACCCUCUACAAAAAUACAACAAGGCAUUGAGAUUGAUGAACAACAAAAUGGCCAACUUACUGUUUUGCUUUAAAAUAAAUCUCUGAAACUACCAGGCCAAAUUCAAUGAAACUUUACAGGUAGCUUCAUUACAGACCCUUUACAAAUAUAAACAAGGCAUCGUCAUCAGUAAAGAUAUGUUUAAAUUGCAACAUUUUUAUUAAUGCUUUAUCACAGAGUUGUGGCCCUUUCCUUAGUUGAGUAUUUUAGGGCAAUCAUGGCCCUCUUGUUUAUUUGUUGUCCAAUCGUUAUCAAACUUGGUCACAAUGUUUAUUGACAUGACAUCUUGACUGAGUUGGAUCAACACCCAGAGUUAUGGCCCUUGAUUUAUCAAUUUUUUUUUAUCUUUCAAUCUUUACCAAACUUUGGUAGAAUGUUUAUGAACUUUUUAUCUUGACUGAGCUUGAUAUAAACAGUCUGGGUUAGAAGGUAAUAUAUGUUGUCGCUUGUCUAUUUUUAUGAAAUAGAUUUGUUUAAACCAAGUAUGGCCUAUUGUCAACAUUGUACUAAUUUCACUUUGUCCAUUCUCUAAUUUAAGCAUUGCUACCGAAUCUUACUUAUCCGGUGGUUCUAAUACUCCUGAUAUCCCAACGCUGCCACCAGUGUUACAGAAUCACACUUAACCAGUGUUGUUAAAAACUUUGACAUUUCACCACUGGCCAACAGUGUUACCCAAUCUCACCUGCUACAACAAAGACUAACCUGGGAGCAAAGAUCCUUUUCAGGAUUCCUUGUUCGGUAAAGUAGUUCGCUGCCACCAAUAUUUCUUGAGAUACUUCAAUAGCCCUUUAUUUGGAGAGCUUCACAAACAUGAAGAAACAAACACAUUAUAAUUUUCUUCUACUACCAUUUAUUCAUUAACAUAUAACUGCAUGCCUGCAAUGUUAGUUAACCUAUCUCCGCUGGCAAUGCCCACUGCCAACAGUAUUAUGUAACUGCUGUGCCUGCAGUGUUUCAUAACUACCCUCUGCCUCUGCCUGUCAGUAUAACAUAACCCAUCUCUGCCAUCAGUAUUACAUUACUGCUGUGCCAGCCGUGCCCAUUGCAGCCGAUGAUGCCCUUUGCUGCUGACAAUAUAACACAACCGGUGGCAGAGCACUUAGAACUCUGCAGGUAAUUUCAAAACAGGUAGAGCUUCCAACCGGAGCCCUAAGCCUGAUUCAUUAAUGUCAAAUAGAAAAGUAUUUAACAACCCACACAAAUUACAUUGUGAAGGAGAACACAGAACUGUUGCUAAUUCCUAAAUUGCAACAGCAUUUCUUAUCCAAUCUUUACCAAACCUUUGUUACAAUGUUCAUUCCAUUAACAGUGAGAUCACAACAUUAACUCUGGAGUUAAUGCCCUUCGAUUGUCAAAAUUGUGCCAAAAUUCAUUUUGAUUUCUUUCUUACUUGAGGGUUUGUUAUCUAAUCUUUACUACAUUGGGUAACAAUAGAGCAUAAUGUAUCAAACAAGUUUGACAAACAGCCAGAUCAAACUAUACACCACAUGAGUUAUGGCCCUUUAAAUUUUAAAAUUUUAACCGAAGUUACUUCGACUGUCCACUCAAAAUAACUCGAGCAUUUCUUAUCCAGUUCUAAGCAAGUGGGUCAACAAUGGUAAUGGGGAUAAUUUCUUAUUUGUUUCAGAUAAACUAGCAGAUUACUGUAAUUUUUCCAGAGUCCGUACUGAUGUUUGAUUAUAUCCCUUGACCAAGCAAUGUUUGGUGCGGGGAAAUGACAUAGGAAAAGCAAUACAACUAUAUGUCAAUGUUAUGCUGUCCAAUUUUCCAUGCUUUUCUUAAAUUAUGCAAGGAAUAGAUGAAGGCAUUGAUUAAAAGUGAUAUUUUACUAGUUUUAGCCUAUGUUUAAAAAUGGUAUUGAUUUUAUAUGAAAAAAAUCUGUAUUGGCUAUGGCAUUCAAAAUAUUGCUACUAAAUUUGCUUCUGCGAUGAUGGACCCGCACGGCAGGUGACAUAUGACAUUCGAAAAAUUCUAGUUACCAUUACAACUUACAGCCUGAUUUUACUGGUCACUCGGUGACAGCACUCAAUACUGGCAACAUACAUGUUCUGAGUUACUCCCACUUAUUGAAAUAUAUAGAAAUGUUUUUUUUUACCUUGUUGUCAACUAUUACAGGAUUGUUAUUAUGAUUAUGAGUUGUUUACACUAUUAUGUUAUUAACCAUGUUUUCACAUAGUGAAACCUGGUUAUUAGAAUGACGAACGUCGUUGUUCGGGCGGCCGGGUAGCGUCAAACUUACCUAUGAAACUGAAUAAUUUCAGUAAGGGUUGACAUAUCUUGACCAAACUUGGUAUAAAGAAAGAGUUUAUGGAGACCUUUCAUGGGAUUGUGUUUGGGGUCCCUAGAGUCAAGGUCUCUGUUACUAAAAAUAGUAAAACGGUUGAAACUGAAUAACUUUAGUUAGGGUUCACAUAUCUUGACCCAACAUGGUAUAAAGGAAGAGUUUAUGGAGACGUUUCAUGGGAUUGAAUUUGGGGUGCCUAGGGUCAAGGUCAAGGUCUCUUGGUAUAAAGAAAGAGUUUAUGGAGACCUUUCAUGGGAUUGCGUUUGGGGUCCCUAGAGUCAAGGUCUCUGUUACUAAAAAUAGUAAAACGGUUGAUAGUUAGGGUUCACAUAUCUUGACCCAACAUGGUAUAAAGGAAGAGUUUAUGGAUACCUUUCAUGUGAUUGAAUUUGGGGUGCCUAGGGUCAAGGUCAAGGUCACUGUUACUAAAAAUAGAAAAACAGUUGGAACUGAAUAACUUUAUUCAGGGUUCACAUAUCUUGACCCAACUUGGCAUAAAGGAAGAGUUUAUGGAGACCUUUCAUGGGAUUGCGUUUGGGGUCCCUAGGGUCAAGGUCACUGUUACUAAAAAUUGUAGAAUGGUUGAAACUGAAUAACUUUAGUUCAAGUUCACAUAUCUUGAUCAAACUUGGUAUAUAGUUAUGGAGUUUACGGAGACCUUUCAUUGGGUUGUGUAUAGGGCUUUUAGGGUCAAGGUCAAGGUCACUGUUACUAAAAAGAGAAAAACGGUUGAAACUGAAUAUCUUUAGUCAGGGUUCACAUAUCUUGACCAAGCUUGGUACAUAGAAAGAGUUUAUGGAGACCUUUCAUGGGAUUGCGAAUAGGGGUCAAGGUCACUGUUACUAAAAAGAGAACUAGAAGCGCCGCAAUGCGACGAAACCAGGUUUUUGUUAUGGGCAAUCAGAAAUUAAAGCCAAUUAAUUUGUUGUAUGACUUUAUCUUUACUUUUAUCAAAAAGAGACGUAACUGAAAAUUACUGUUGGCGGAAACCAUUUUUCUAUUUUUGCAAAACAUGCAUGGAUCACUGUUAGAUUAGAUUCUAAUCAACAUAACGAGUUUUACUGAACAAAGUUCUUAUAUUCUGUAAACUAACCAUAUGUGAAGGUUAAUCAAGGGGAUAUGAUUGUCAACAAACAUGUUCGUUAAGUUAUGGUGUGUUUUUUAAAUUUCUUGACCUAUGUACAAUUUCACAUUGUCAACUGUUCCACGUUGUUUUUAGUUAGUUAGUUUCAGCUUGACCCACUGUGAUACCAACUUAAAUCAUGUUCAUUUGUCAGUUCUGGGACUUCAGUUUCCAGUCAAAAGAAGAUUCAAGAUGAUUUGAAGAAACAGAAUUUGAUACAGAGUCCAUAGCACUUUUGUGAAUAGACCUCUUGGUUGUUUAACAUGCUCUCAGUGAAGCACUGAUACAUGAGAUACAACAUUAAACUUUUUCAAAGUUUAAUGCCUAGCUCCAGACAUAUGGUACCCCAUUUUAAUAUAUUACUUUUUGUGAAGUGUUUUAGCAAAUGGAUCAAUUGCCUUACCUGAUAUGAUAAACAUGCCUUAUUUUUUUUUUUUGAAGAAGUGAAUGCAAAUGGUUAAUUGAAUAAAUUAUGUCCCUUGA